ACCGAGUCUUCAUCUGUUGCCGUGAACGAGAGCUCGGCGAAACUGUUCAAGGCGACGUUCGAUCAGGUGAAGACGGAGCUCGCGGCUUCCUCUCGCUGGUCCGCCGAGAACGCAAAUGACAAGUGCAAGUCGAUCGGACGUGCGCGCACGCUCAGCCUCGAGUUAUCCACACCACGAUCUUCCCCUAUCCCACUGGGCUCAGGCUCACGCUGUGCAAACUCUCACUCUGGCGGACACUCUCACCAGAUGUCUUGUUCGGACGUCAUCCGAAGAAAGCUGCACGACCUCGAGCGGCGGAUCUUGACCGCGCAGACACAGCUCGAGACAGAGAUGUGGCUCGUGCGUAACGUGGUGUUGCUGACACCAUUUCAGCGCGCGACGAGGGAACCCGUGCAGGUCGCGGUGCCAGGCGUGGCGAAGCGGGUCAGGCAGGCACGGCUCGAGAUCAAGAAGCUCGUGUGCUACCGUGACGUGCUCGCUGUCAACCUGCAUCCGGGCGAGCGCGACUGGGAGCGUGCGAAGCGCAUCACGAUGCGCGCAGUGACGGAAGGAGGUAGACAGACAGCAGCGGCCGCGGACGAUGGUGUCUGCGCCGGUCUGCCCGGGUCCGUCGGCCGCGACCACACCUCUCAGUGUUCCCCACUCUGCGAGCGCGUCUGCAAUUUCACAGGGGAGGGACGAGUCUAUCGGAGGUGAGUCGUUCCACUCUGC